CGUGCAGCAUUUUACGUGUGAUUUUUGUGUUAAAGUGAAUUAAUGUUGCUGUUCAUCACUAUAUUAAUAUAAAGGUUGUUAUAAAGACGACGCGUGCUGUGUUGUUUACGUCUCUCUGCAGAGCGGUAUGAUUUACAAAGGCGUGUGAAUCAAUUCGAAGGAAUCAUUUAAAACUGUUCAAAGGAUUGGGAUCGCAUCACUGGAUUCGUUCCGUGUUAACAAGUAAAGUAAUUCAAUUUAUAAUCGAUCAUCUCAACUCAUCACAUAUGCAGAUGGACACAGAGAGCGCGAGAAGCUUCUGGGAGGAAGUGGAUGUUGAUGAUGUCUUUGAUAAACUGCUGGAUUUACUGGAACACUUAAGACAAACAAUCACAACAAACACAGCAUCAGACAGAGAUUAUGUAAAGGCAAUGAAGAUUGUUCUAGAAUCUGAAGUGAAUGUUUUGAAGAAUGAUAACAUUGAAGAGGUUCUUAUUGAUGAAGAUAUACUGACGGUCACUGUCUCAGAGUCUCAAUGUUCUCCUGAUCGAUUGAGGAACGGUGUUAUGACUGAGGAGGAUCUUCUCUCACGGCACUCAAAUGAUGUGGACUCGAGCUCAGACAGUCAGAUGUCAUCGGCCAGUAGAAACAAAGCUCUGUGUUCACGUGACCUGACGGCACUGAUGUCUCCUCUGAGCUUCUCUUCUGAGGAUCCCGGUUCCCCCAUCCCACUAAACUACCAACCGCACGACUGCGGCCCUGCGUGUGUCCCGCCGCUGCCCGCUCACUCCUAUCACUUCCUGGGGCAGAACCCGCUCAGAGUGCCCAUGCUGUGCAAGUUUCAGCGGCACCGUGACCUGACUCACCCAUCAACAGAGCAGGAGGAUGAGUCCGACUCUCAGGAUUUAGACGUCUUUUAUAAAGCGCCGUGCGGUCGGAGUCUCUGCUCGAUGGAUGAGGUUCUUGAUUUCCUACUCCAGUCUGACACCUUUGGUCUUCUCCAGCUGGACAAUUUCACUUUCAAUCCACAGAUCGUUCCAGAACAUCAGACGCAGCGGCCUGACGCUCACUCGGUUCUGUUCGAACGAGACCUCAGCCACGGGAUCGAGCCGGUUCCCGUUUCUCUCUGUAACGAGGUCGACGAGCUUCGGCCCAAAGAGUUUCGUUAUCGUAAGGAGCGUUGGCCUCACGGCUGCUUCCUCGGCCGAGUGCCGUUUUUCUCGGCUUGCUGCGACUGCACAGACGGCUGCGCAGAUGUCCAGAACUGUGCUUGCCUUCAGCUUUCUGUCAAAGCAGAAUCCAGCGAUCAUAAACAUCAUUCAUAUGAACACAUGCGACUCCACACGCCUGUGAAAUCUGGGUUAUUCGAAUGCGGUCCAUGGUGCAGCUGUGAACGUGGUCGCUGUCAGAAUCGUGUGGUACAGAGAGGACUGCGUGUGCGUCUGCAGGUUUUUCGUACCCUUAAACGCGACUGGGCCGUUCGAUGCCAAGAUGACCUGGACAAGGGAACUUUUGUUUGUAUUUAUGCAGGUGUUGUCCUCAGACAAGAGCAGAACGUUGAACCGGUCGCUUUGAAGACCAAAGAGCCACCGAUGUCUGAUGAUGACGUGGAGGUGGUGGACGAAUGGACUCUUCCCAAAGAGAACCCAACAGAACCGUCCGAGCGCUCGCCUCCGCUGUAUGUUCCUGUUAUUCAGAGACCUGCGGAUCAGACCGGGCCGAGUCCAAGUCAACAGAGACGACACGCUCGCCACAAGGUGAUCUCCUCUCCAGACUGCAGUGAAACGGAGAAUGAAGACGUGUUGAGUAAGAAGCCCAGAUUAACCGAGUCAAAUGGACACAGUGAUGAAGAUGUGUAUUACCUCAAUGCAUCUACUGAGGGAAAUGUUGCCAGAUUUAUCAAUCACAGCUGUGAUCCUAACCUGUUUGUCCAGAAUGUCUUUGUUGAUACACACGAUCCAAAAUUCCCACUCAUUGCCUUCUUUACAAACAGGACGAUUAAAGCUGGAAGUGAAUUGACCUGGAAUUAUUCAUACACAAUAGGACGUCAUCCAGAUCACGAGGUGUCCUGCUACUGUGGUAACCGAACCUGUCAAAAGUUCAUCAUCUGAACAGAACAUUUUAAAGCUUGGAUCUGACAUGAUUUGUGAAUAAACACCAUUCAUUUCAUUUUAAAA